UGGGGUCGAUCGACUUGAACAAGUGUGGGCUUUCCUCUCCGCCGCGGAGACAUAGGAGCCAGGGACUGGCGCAACGUCCAGCAGUAUUGAACAUCGCGAUCCCCAGUCUCAGAACGUUCAAAGUUUGGGUUCAUCUCGUUGUUCAAGAGCAAACGGACCUGCCAUCGUUCAGACCGCAGCCCAUGGCCAUCAUCGGGGCCAAAGAACACCAUGUCGAUCCACAAUUGUCGCAAAUUGCGCAGAAUGACAAGACGAUCUGGUACAAGAAGCCGAACCUGCGCUUCCUCUAUCUCAUCCUCAUCCCAACCGGACUUGGAGUUGAGUGGACGUCGGGCUUUGAUUCUUCCAUGAUGAACAGUCUGCAAGCUGUCUCGUCGUGGUUCGAAUACUUUGGGCGACCCAAUUCUUCAAGGCUUGGCCUUCUUAGCGCGAUCUAUUCCCUCGGUGCUCUCAUGGCCAUUCUUUGUCCCUUAUUUCAGCCAGCGUUUCGGUAUCCCUUUGCCAUUAUCAACGCUUCCUCACUCAUCGGCGAACUUUCCUAUGCCAAGGAGCGUCCAAUCAUGACCAGCUGGUUUGUAGGAGCCAUCGUUGCAGCAGGCAUCACCUUCGGUACUUUUCAAAUGACCACCACCUGGGCUUGGAGAAUCCCCAAAUCGCCCCGCUGGUUGAUAUCUAAAGACCGUGGCGACGAGGCAUUCGCAAUUCUCAACAAGUAUCACAGUGGAGGGAGAGAACGGCGAGGAAUUUAUCAUCAAGUUCUCUGGGCCGAUGUCUUCCGUGGUGCCGCCAUGCGCCGCCGAUUCAUGCUGGCUGGAAUCAUGGGCUUCUUCACACAGUGGUCUGGCAACGGGUUAAUUUCUUUCUACAUGAAGAAGAUUCUCAAUCUUGUUGGCAUCACGGACAAUCACACAGUGCAGAGAUUCAUUCUAGGCAACACGUGCUGGGGUUUCAUCAAUGCCGUUCCGAUCGCGUUGAUAGCACCACGCUUUGCCAGAAGAAAGAUGUUUCUCACAUGUACAAUCGGUACUGCUUGCGUUUACACCGUCUGGACUGUCGCGUCAGCAAGGUUCGCCAUCGAGCAAUCCCAAAGAGCUGCUAUUCCAGUCUUGGUCUUCAUUUUUGUUUAUUCGCCGUUUUACAACAUUGGAUGGAACGCCCUUGCGUAAAUGACCCCUCGAUCUCCUUUCUCUCCUUACCUAUCCCAUGAACUCCGC